UGUAACCCUAGACACCCCGCUGAUUUCUACUAUUGGGAAACAAAUUAUAAUGAUGGAAUCGACGACGGAACCCAAAACGCGUCGAUAACAGGAUUGCUCAAAAACGAGUCAGCAGUGACUUACAGGCAAAAGUCUGUGAAGCCGGGAGUCUGGAAGUUGUAUUAUCUUUUAAAUACACCUAAAGAUGUGAACCGACAAACUUUUGACAAGACGGCAACUAUUGUUAAGCCAACAAACUAUGGUCUCACUAGAUAUCAUCAAGGAGGCGUGUACGUCUAUGCACUAACUGGCUCCUACGAUGAUCCAACAGUCCACGAGCUUCAACUUGUACAGGAUAACAUCUGCCCCAUCGAUGAAAGCUCUUGUACAAGCUCUUUGGCUCUUGACCGUCGCUGGUGGAGACGCGAUAAUUGUCCUCAUCACGAUCCUCAACUUAUUUUACAAUAUGGCUGUUCAAUUCUUUGUCUAUGCUGCUGCCAUGUUUGUCGUUAUUGCUAUCUUCGCGCUACUCUCUAUUUUCUACUACACUUAUAAUUGCUACACAACUGAUGAAGAUGAUGAGAACGAAGGAAUCGAAGACCACACUUCACAAUAUUCGAUCGAUCAUAAAGGAUUCCUUAUUGACGAGGCAGAUGGUUGCGAUAUACG